CCGCGUCCCAGGCGAGCGCGUGGGGCUCCUUCUGCCCAGUUUCCUGCCUGGGAGUCGCGGCGGGGUCCGCCCCGGCCAGGCCCGGAGCAGUUUGUGCAAUUUAGAAACUCGAUAGGAGGCAGCAGCUGAUCUAGCAGCCUAAAAAUAAUUCGCUCCGGCCGCACACUGCGUGCUUCGACUAGGGGAAGAAAACUCUCAUCGAGUGAGAGUUGUGUGUCCGGGUGUGAAAGUUACAUCUUAAGACAGUGUAGAAACUCGGUGUUGGAAGGUAGCACAAGUGUACCCGUAGGGGUUUGAAGCAUCGCCAAGCCCAAGAAUAAAUCAUAUGAGAAAAAAAUGAGUCUCUCAUUUUGUGGUAACAACAUCUCUUCAUAUAAUAUCUACAAUGGCGUGUUACAAAACCCCUGCUUUGUGGAUGCCCUUAACUUGGUCCCUCAUGUCUUUCUGCUGUUUAUCACUUUUCCAAUAUUGUUUAUUGGGUGGGGAAGCCAAAGCUCAAAAGUGCAAAUUCAUCACAAUACCUGGCUUCAUUUUCCUGGACAUAACCUGAGAUGGAUUCUUACCUUUGCUCUCCUGUUUGUGCAUGUUUGUGAAAUAGCGGAAGGGAUUGUCUCAGAUUCACGGCGGGAGUCCAGGCAUCUACAUCUCUUCAUGCCGGCUGUCAUGGGAUUUGUUGCCACUACAACAUCCAUAGUAUAUUAUCAUAAUAUUGAGACAUCAAAUUUCCCUAAACUACUUUUAGCCUUAUUCCUGUAUUGGGUAAUGGCUUUUAUAACGAAAACAAUAAAACUGGUCAAAUACUGGCAGUUGGGAUUGGGAGUGUCAGACCUGCGAUUCUGCAUCACAGGCAUGAUGGUGAUCUUGAAUGGGCUCCUGAUGGCUGUGGAGAUCAAUGUCAUUCGGGUCAGAAGAUAUGUGUUCUUCAUGAAUCCUCAGAAAGUAAAGCCUCCUGAAGACCUCCAGGAUCUGGGUGUGAGAUUCCUUCAACCAUUUGUCAACUUACUGUCAAAAGCAACAUACUGGUGGAUGAACACCCUUAUCAUUUCUGCUCAUAGGAAGCCUAUUGAUCUGAAGGCAAUUGGAAAAUUGCCCAUAGCAAUGAGGGCAGUGACAAAUUAUGUUUGCCUGAAAGAUGCAUAUGAAGAACAAAAGAAAAAAGUAGCCGAUCAUCCCAAUCGAACUCCAUCUAUAUGGCUUGCGAUGUACAGAGCUUUUGGGAGACCAAUUUUACUGAGCAGCACGUUUCGCUACUUAGCCGACUUGCUGGGUUUUGCUGGACCAUUGUGUAUUUCUGGAAUAGUUCAACGUGUGAAUGAAACCCAGAACGGGACAAAUAACACAACAGGACGUCCAGAAACCCUCUCAUCAAAAGAAUUUCUGGAAAAUGCUUAUGUUCUGGCCGUUCUUCUCUUCUUGGCCCUUAUCCUGCAGAGGACAUUUUUGCAAGCUUCCUACUAUGUAACCAUAGAGACUGGCAUUAACCUCCGUGGAGCGCUUCUGGCUAUGAUAUACAAUAAAAUCCUUAGGCUGUCAACGUCUAACUUAUCUAUGGGUGAGAUGACCCUGGGACAGAUCAACAACUUGGUUGCCAUCGAAACCAAUCAACUCAUGUGGUUCUUAUUCCUGUGUCCCAACCUAUGGGCUAUGCCUGUUCAGAUCAUCAUGGGGGUGAUUCUGCUCUAUAAUUUACUUGGAUCAAGUGCAUUGGUGGGUGCAGCUGUGAUUGUGUUACUGGCGCCAAUUCAGUACUUCAUCGCUACGAAGUUGGCAGAAGCUCAAAAGAGCACUCUUGAUUAUUCCACUGAAAGACUGAAGAAAACAAAUGAAAUAUUGAAAGGCAUCAAACUUCUAAAGUUAUAUGCCUGGGAGCAUAUUUUCUGCAAAAGCGUGGAAGAAACAAGAAUGAAAGAAUUAUCAAGUCUCAAAUCUUUUGCACUUUAUACAUCGCUCUCCAUCUUCAUGAACGCAGCAAUCCCCAUCGCAGCGGUCCUUGCUACUUUUGUGACCCACGCCUAUGCCAGUGGCCACAACCUCAAGCCUGCAGAGGCCUUCGCCUCCCUGUCUCUCUUCCACAUCCUUGUCACCCCGCUGUUCCUGCUCUCCACGGUGGUCAGAUUUGCGGUCAAAGCCAUCAUAAGUGUUCAGAAGCUGAAUGAGUUCCUCCUCAGUGACGAGAUUGGUGACGACAGCUGGAGAACUGGUGAAGGUUCUCUGCCUUUUGAGUCGUGUAAGAAGCACACUGGAGUUCCAAAAACUAUAAACAGGAAACAGCCUGGCAGAUACCACCUGGACAGCUAUGAGCAGUCUGCACGACGUCUUCGUCCCACAGAAUCAGAAGACAUUGCAAUAAAGGUCACAAAUGGAUACUUUUCAUGGGGCAGUGGUUUAGCUACACUAUCUAAUAUAGACAUACGAAUUCCCACAGGUCAGCUUACCAUGAUCGUGGGGCAGGUAGGCUGUGGGAAAUCCUCCCUCCUCCUCGCCAUCCUUGGUGAGAUGCAGACUCUGGAAGGAAAAGUUCACUGGAGCAAUGUAAAUGAAUCUGAACCUUCUUUUGAAGCAACCAGAAGUAGGAACAGGUAUUCUGUGGCUUACGCAGCUCAAAAACCUUGGCUACUAAAUGCUACGGUAGAAGAAAAUAUUACCUUUGGAAGUCCUUUCAACAGACAAAGGUACAAAGCUGUCACAGAUGCCUGUUCUCUUCAGCCAGACAUUGAUCUGUUACCAUUUGGAGACCAAACGGAAAUUGGAGAGAGGGGCAUCAACCUGAGUGGGGGGCAGAGGCAAAGGAUCUGUGUGGCCCGGGCGCUCUAUCAGAACACCAACAUUGUCUUCCUGGAUGACCCAUUCUCUGCCCUGGACAUUCACUUGAGUGAUCAUCUAAUGCAGGAAGGGAUUUUGAAAUUUCUCCAAGAUGACAAAAGGACGCUUGUUCUUGUGACUCACAAGUUACAGUAUCUGACACAUGCUGACUGGAUCAUAGCCAUGAAAGAUGGAAGUGUCUUAAGAGAAGGGACUUUGAAAGAUAUUCAAACCAAAGAUGUUGAGCUGUAUGAACACUGGAAAACACUUAUGAAUCGGCAAGAUCAAGAAUUGGAAAAGGAUAUGGAAGCUGACCAAACAACCUUAGAAAGGAAAACUCUCCGAAGAGCCAUGUAUUCCAGAGAGGCCAAAGCCCAAAUGGAAGAUGAAGACGAAGAGGAAGAAGAAGAGGAAGAUGAAGAUGAUAACAUGUCGACCGUAAUGAGACUCAGGACUAAAAUGCCAUGGAAAACCUGUUGGUGGUACCUUACAUCUGGAGGAUUCUUCUUACUCUUCCUGAUGAUUUUCUCUAAGCUUCUGAAGCAUUCAGUUAUUGUAGCUAUUGACUAUUGGCUGGCUACUUGGACAUCUGAGUACAGUAUAAAUAAUACUGGAAAAACUGAUCAGACCUUCUAUGUGGCUGGAUUCAGCAUCCUUUGUGGAGGAGGUAUUUUCCUUUGUCUCGUCACAUCUCUCACUGUGGAGUGGAUGGGUCUCACGGCUGCCAAAAAUCUCCACCACAAUCUUCUCAAGAAGAUCAUUCUUGGGCCAAUAAGGUUCUUCGAUACCACACCCCUGGGACUAAUCCUCAACCGCUUUUCAGCUGAUACUAAUAUCAUUGACCAGCAUAUCCCUCCGACUCUGGAAUCUCUGACUCGCUCCACGCUGCUCUGCCUGUCCGCCAUCGGAAUGAUCUCCUAUGCUACUCCUGUGUUCUUGGUUGCUCUUGUGCCCCUUGGCGUUGCUUUUUAUUUCAUCCAGAAAUACUUCCGAGUUGCCUCUAAGGACCUCCAGGAACUUGACGAUAGUACCCAGCUUCCUCUGCUUUGCCAUUUCUCAGAAACAGCUGAAGGACUCACCACUAUCCGGGCCUUCAGGCAUGAAACCAGAUUUAAGCAACGUAUGCUGGAACUGACAGACACGAACAACAUUGCCUACUUAUUUCUCUCAGCUGCCAACAGAUGGCUAGAGGUCAGGACGGAUUAUCUGGGAGCUUGCAUCGUCCUCACCGCAUCUAUUGCCUCCAUUAGUGGAUCGUCCAACUCUGGAUUGGUGGGUUUGGGGCUUCUGUAUGCACUUACGAUAACCAACUAUUUGAAUUGGGUUGUGAGGAACUUGGCGGACUUAGAGGUCCAGAUGGGCGCAGUGAAGAAAGUAAACAGCUUCUUGACCAUGGAGUCUGAGAACUAUGAAGGCACCAUAGAUCCCUCUCAGGUUCCAGAACACUGGCCACAGGAAGGAGAAAUCAAGAUUCAUGAUCUUUGCGUCAGAUAUGAAAAUAAUCUGAAGCCUGUACUUAAACAUGUCAAGGCUUACAUCAAACCUGGGCAAAAGGUGGGCAUCUGUGGGCGCACCGGCAGUGGAAAGUCAUCCUUGUCUCUGGCUUUCUUCAGAAUGGUUGACAUAUUUGAUGGAAAGAUUGUCAUUGAUGGAAUAGACAUUUCUAAACUACCCCUGCACACUCUCCGUUCUAGACUGUCAAUCAUUCUACAGGAUCCAAUACUGUUCAGUGGUUCUAUUAGAUUUAAUUUAGAUCCAGAGUGCAAAUGCACAGAUGACAGGCUCUGGGAGGCUCUAGAAAUUGCCCAGCUGAAGAAUAUGGUCAAAUCGCUGCCUGGGGGUCUAGAUGCAGUGGUCACAGAAGGUGGGGAGAAUUUUAGUGUUGGACAGAGACAGCUCUUUUGCCUGGCCAGGGCCUUUGUCCGCAAAAGCAGUAUUCUCAUCAUGGACGAAGCCACAGCUUCCAUUGACAUGGCCACGGAAAAUAUUUUGCAGAAAGUAGUAAUGACCGCCUUUGCAGACCGCACGGUUGUUACCAUAGCUCACCGUGUCUCCUCGAUUACAGAUGCAGAUCUUGUUUUAGUCUUUUCUGAGGGUAUUUUAGUGGAGUGUGAUACUGGUCCAAACUUGCUCACCUACAGGAAUGGGCUGUUUUCUACCUUGGUGAUGACUCACAAGUAGACCAUCAUGACCUACUCUGCCGAGUAUCCGUUCUCUGCAUCGUGUUCAUACCAUUCUGACUGCAGACCUGGUUAUUGUGAUGAAGCGAGGAAAUAUUUUAGAAUACGAUACUCCAGAAAGUUUGUUGGCCCGCGAAGAUGGAAUAUUUGCUUCUUUUGUUCGUGCAGACAUGUGAAGAAAUGUCUCAAAUUGAUAUGUGUAUUUUUUAAUAAUCCAGUGGUAAUCUGCUUAAUGGAUCACCAUCAGACCUUCAUAGAGUGGCAUCUUAAACUUUUGAAAAUUUUUGUACAAGUUAACAUUUCUUUUUCCUAUUUUGUUUAUCUGAUUUCCAAGCUCAUUAUGUUCAUUACUGUUGUUUUUCUAAUGAUCAAGAUACUUUAAGAAUAGCAAGUUGUAUUAAAACAUGUAUGCUACUGUCAGCAGCUUAUGUUUUCAUAACUUUAAGACUAGUAAAUACUUCUCAAGUGUAGAAGUUGCAAUGAAUAGUCAGUAUUAUAACACUCUUAUUUGUAAGAAUAAAUUUUCAUUAUAAAAGUCUCCAAAUGUCACCGGAAGAGAAUAAAAGAACAAGAUUUUUUUAAUGAAACACUUAAAUUCACUUUCUGCUUUAUAAGAAUAGUCUCUGUAUUUGUUAAUAUAGUAAUGACUUUCUUAGUGGUCUCCUUUUCUGUCCUCUAAAUUGUUUCCUGUCACCACGAAGUCAUUAUCACGUGUAGCCAGGCAUGGUAGUGCAUGCCAGUAAUCCCAGCACUCGGGAGGUUGAGGCAGGAGGAUUGCCUCACGUUCAAGGCCAGCCUGGGCUAUGUAGUGAGUUCUGAACAACACGGCUAGAACUAAUCUCAAAAAACCAAAACACCUAAAUAAAAUAAUAGAAUAGAAUAAAAGAUGUUUUCAUAUUUAUGAAUUCUAUAAUGCCUUAACUAAGAAUGUCAUUGAAUACUUUAAAAAUUAUACGUGCUUCUAUUUUUCUCUGAAGAGUUCAUAAACUAUCAGGCAUCAUGUGCCCUUUCCCGAAUGAAAUAAUUUUGAAAGAGUGCCUAGUUUUGACUCUUCAUUGGUAGGCCAGUUAACCCUCCCAUAGUUUAUUCCUCAUUAACUUGUAGUUAUGAUUGUAAACUCUAAAAUGUCACAUUAUUAGACUCAAAAAAUAUAGACAAAUGGCCUUACUUAACUCUAGACUAUUCAUGGUAGUUUAACAUUCCUUUAAGGUACUAGAUACUUCUCAAAUAGCUCUACAUAAAGGUGGAAUUAUCUCACACUUUGAUACAUAUAUAGUGUCUAUUUGUAGGUAGAAGUGUUUACCUCCAUUUUUUUCCUGUUCUCAUAUUAAUAUGUAUGUAAGACUUACAUAAAAUUGGUAAGAUAUUACUGUUGUAUUUUUUUAAAUGUGAAUUAAUAAAUUUAAAAUUAUCAAAGAUUACCUUUACUGUCAUGCUACAACCAUAGCCACUAUAAUUCUCUGCCCAUCAAUAUUAAUCUUAUUGAUUUUCAUAUGAAGAUCUUUAUGUACAUUGUAAGAUUUUGAAGACUGACCAUUGAUGGGAAAAGAGAGAUUAUUUUUCUAGUCCAUAGUUCUUGUGUCUAGUUUUUUAUUGUCUAUUCGUUCUGCAAAUUUAUACUUGUGUACCAGGAUAUGUCAGUAUGCCUUCACCUGAGUAUAAAACACUGAUGUUAUAAAAAAUAAGCUCCACAAGGCUGUACAAAAAUGAUCAUGUUGCAUAAAUAAAUUAUUUCAUAUGCAAAUUACUGACCUUUAUUGCAUAUAAAAAAUUUCACCAUAAAACAUAUUAUUGUGUCUUGAAACCAAAAAGGAAUAGAACUGUACCCAUAGAUUCAAUCUUGAAGAUAUUUUCUGAAAUUUUAACUGAUAGAAGUACUACUAACGUGAAUGAGUAUACAUGACGCUUUUUACCAAAUAACGUCUCACUCUUUUAGAGAAAUAUAUUUUUUACUCAUACAAAUACUCUCAUAUGAUAUUUCUAAGUUGUACUCUUAUAUAGCCAGUGUCAGUAGUGAUUUAUCUAACUACAUUGAACCAAAAAUCAUAGUUCCCCUGAGCUAUCAGACCUCUCAAAAAUUUUGUUUAAAUUGAAUAAAAAUUAUUCAACUUAUAAGUUUAUUUAUCAACUUAUAAAUUUUUUCCAAAACUAAAUUGACUAAGUCAGGGAUUAUACCUUUAAUCAAAUAAUCAUUUAUUCCCCUAUAUGGAUUAUCCAUCGACUAUUGAAAUGACUUGUCUUAAAAUAACUUCAUACUAUAUAUGUCCAUAUCUAUAAAAGACUUUCUCUACCAAAUUUUACAUUUAAUUCCUGUAGGCAGGUCAAUUUUAGAAAUUUUAAUUUCUUAGUAUGUGUGAAAAGUAUUAAGUGCAUAACGCUUUAUGUCACAGUAACAGUGUUAUUAUUGUCAUUGAGACAGAAAAGAUACUUCUGUUAAACAGUUGUGCACCCUCUACUUUUGUAUUAUUCUUCAUCAUCGGAUUAGCAUUAGAAGACUCUCUUCUAAGUUGCUUGUACUUGAGAUCCAGGACCAAAUCUUAUUUGCUUUUAUGCCUGUGGCACUGAGUACAAGCUCCUAGCCCACAGGUAGGCCCUAAUAAAUACAGUUGACUGAUCCAUUGAUACACCAUAUAGUUACAACUGUGGAUAUUCUCUUUGCUUUUCUGUAUUGUAUUUAUUUUCCUAUUUAUUCUCUAUGACAUAUAAGAUAUGUUUAUUUUCUAAUAUAUAUGAAAACUUAUUGCUUUGCAUUACAUAAUAAAUUACUCCUUUUGUUAACUCAA